ACACACACAGCUUGUGUGCACACAUGCACUGUCGCCCUCUCCCUUUCUCUCCAAUGCACACAUUUGGUGCAAGCUACAAAGCAGCAGACCUCAUGACAAAGCUGCACAGAGGAGAGUGGGGUGAAAGGAGAGAAGAGGUGACAGCUCUUAGUCAGAAAGCUCAGUGUGACUAAUUCUCCUAGAAAAAGUCUGCCUGACAGGCACAACGGGAGUGAUGUUAACAAGACCGUAACUACAGCAUAGAGAAAAGAAGCUUCAGACAACCAAGACUGCAGAGGACUGCCGCCAACACACCGGUUCUCUGCUUCUUUGAUGGAAUUUGACAUAAAAAGACGCAGUUGAAAGCAAGUUGAGGAAAGAAGUUUACAAGGACUGACCAGCAGGGACAAAGAUAAAGACCUGGAAGUUUUAUUUUGUGAAAAGUUUAUUUUUCCUCAAAAUUUUGGGUACCUCAAUCUUCAGCGACAGUUUUUAUCUUUAAUCAGGACCAUCUGCUGUGACUGCCAUGCCCCUGUUCAGCUGGAUGAAAUGGCCGCAUGAAACAAGAGGACAGUCUGAGGAUGAAACUCAGCCUCUGAAGUCUCAGGGGAUCUUACCCAGCCGGAUGUUGAUCACAGAGCUUUUGUGGCAUGUGGAGGAACGAGAGCGGCUGGCGAGGGAGAUGGAGCGCGAGCACAGACUGGCCCAUGCAGCCCUGGGACUGCGCUGGUUUCAGAAAUACCCCAGGUUACGGACCCUAAUCCCAACAUCCGAACUCCACCAACUGGAGUUUCUGUGUGCCCAGAUCCCGCCCGUCCACACCGCCACCGUGCUUUCCAGAUUCCGUGAGGUUCUUGCCACUAACAACAUAAGUCCGUGGGAGCUGGCAUCUGUCUUCAAGCAGGUGCUACGGGACUUCCUAAGGCAAAAGGAAAAUGAUGAAAAAGACACCAUGGCAGUCCAGCGAUUGCAAGCCCGACCAAUGGAGACCUGGACAAGUCGCUACAAAAUGAAGCAGGGCUUUGUCACACCGACUGUCCCAAGCUGUGGAGACCACCCAUUCGAAGAGAUCCCAACAAUUUCUGGAUAUGUGGACCGUGUCAUGCGCCACUCCGGCUCAUUUGUAGUCAUGAGAGACUGGGACCUUCCAUAUUAUUAUCCAGUUCCUCUGAGACCCAAAGGGGCACACAGCACUUCUCUUUGAGAGGGCACACUACUCAGUGUUUCCACAUAAUGGACACAUGAUGCAAAGAUUAUUUGUAUUAGGUGUAGAUAUAUCAUUGCAUGAGACCAAAAUGUUUAGAUUACUUAAGGCAACGUAAUAAAAGUUUUAUAAUUUUUAUUCCUUUUUUCUAUGGGUUUGUGUGUAAAAUUAGGGAUAUAUUUCUAGUCAAAGAACACAGUAUGUGAAGAAAAUGUCAAUUUAUCUUUGGCUUAUGAACACAUUUAACAAUAAAAAGCUAAAAUAAACCGUGAUAUUGUUUAA